GUUUAUUCAAACAACUCUGUGUGUGAUUCAUCGGCAUUUCUGGCUUCUCCUGCUCGAGAUCUUCGACAAAUCCACAAGAGCACAGUCUCAAGAGGCAUAGCAGAUUCCACAGAAGGACGAGAGUGAGUGAAGAUGUCCAGCACUUCGCAGAAGCACAGGAAUUUCGUGGCGGAGCCCAUGGGCGAGAAGCCCGUGACGGAUCUGGCGGGCGUCGGUGAUGUCCUGGGCAAGCGCUUGGAGGACAAAGGAUUCGACAAGGCCUACACAGUUCUGGGGCAAUAUCUGGUGCUGAAGAAGGACUCUGAGCUGUUCAAGGAGUGGAUGAAGGACAUCUGCAACGCCAACGCCAAGCAAGCCGCCGAUUGCUAUCAGUGCCUCAACGAAUGGUGCGGAGAAUUCUUGUAAUCGCCUUUUUUUGUAUUCUGACAUUCUGUAAAGUUUUUCUCUUCCCCUGAAAUCUCCAUGUAUUUUCACACAAAAUUGACGCGCACUGUUGAUGAAAAAAAUGUAAAUUUGUUUUUUUUAAA